GUCUCCGUCUGAGGGCGCUGGACUUAGGAGAGCAGCUCAGCUCGGCUCACCGGAAGUGCUGCACAACAUCGCUGCGAUGCUGGCGUCGACUUAGCCAAACAGUUGUUAGCUCCUUCAUACUUCACCUAAAGUUGCUCGAAACGCAUUUAUUCGCCAUUAUUAUUAAUCUUGUGUGUUUAACAAGCGUUGCCACAAAAUGUCGGGCAGGAAGAGGUCGAGGGAGAAAGACGAGCGGCGCGAGCACAAGCGACACAAGUCGACGUCCAAGGAGGACGACGAGAAGCUCAAAAGUCAGAUGAAGAGACUCAACCAGCAAGUCCAAAACCUCAAACACAUCGAAACUUUCUAUGAAAAGCCCCCGCCUGGAUACAUUAAGGAGCACGAGGAGAAACCCGAGGACUGCAUCCCCGCCGAGCCGGGAAACGAGGACGCGCGGACUUUUCUGGCCAACGCGCCCACGAAGGGCCUGUGGAUGCCGUUGGGCAAGGAGGUGAAGGUGAUGCAGUGUUGGCGGUGCAAACGCUACGGCCAUCGCACGGGAGACCGGGAGUGCCCGUUUUUCAUCAAAGGCAACCAGAAACUGGAACAGUUCCGCGUGGCCCACGAAGACCCCAUGUACGACCUGAUCCGGGAAAACGAAAGGAACGAGAAAGAAAGCAGGAUCCAGCAGCUGCAGCAGCUUCUCCAGGACACCACGUCCUCGUCCUCGUCGUCCUCGUCCUCCGACUCGGAUAGCGGCGGCAAGAAGAGAAGGAAAAAGAAGGGCAAGAAGAAGAAAAAGAAGAAGAAAGGCAAGAAGAAGCGCAAGCACGAGUCGACCUCCGAGUCCGAUUGAGUGGCGGUCAGGAAAUGCGCCUUCGAGACUGGUGACGAGUCCCCUUCCGUCCAGGUGAAAACAAGAUGACGUUUUGUUUUUUGUUUGUUUUGGUAGCGCCGCCGUCUUUGGGUUCUGCGAAAACACUCUGUUGACUCCGAGCGCGUAGCGGAAACCGCGCGCGGCCGCGUUCUGAUGUCAACCCGCAAGACGCGACUGCGCGGCAUACUUGGGAUGGUUUGAGGUUUUUUUUGGGGGCGGGGGUGGGGGGUGUUUGCGCUGGAAAAGAGUCGAGUCGGCGGGUGAGGAAUGUACGCCGACGUUUGUCGCGUCCUGAGAAUAAAGACAAGUUCUCCCCCCCCAAGCGUGCUUGAAUUCCCGACUUGUAAAGAUGUGACAACUAAGUUCCUGUGGCUUGGUCCCACUUUUCAUAUUCUUCCGCCGGUCUGGAAUUUUGUGCUCACCAUCCCCCCGCCGCUUCUGAGGUUUCUUUCUCGCGUUCCGCUUUCAUUGAGGACGAAUAAUCUGGAUUGACGCUCAGUUGGAGGUCCCAACGCAGCCGAGGUCGUGGCCGAAGACGUUCGAGCCUGCAGCAGCUGAAGUGAAAAGUUACUACAGUAACGCCUCGGUUUUCGAACGUCCCCGUUUUCGAACAAAUGGGUUUUUGAAGGGAAAUUUAGAUUUUUUUUUUUUUGCUUCUGGUUUCGAACAAAAAUCAGUACGCCGACGCCCCCGACAAAACCCGGAAAUAACUUAUUGCGCCGCCAGACCAGCUGACCCACCCACGACCCAUUUUAUUAUUGUCUAUGUUCGAACGCACCCUGAAAAAAUACCCGGAAAUGACAUUACGCACGCGGUGCAACCAGCGCACUUUCGUUAUUGUGUAUAACGCAGCCAUUGUACACAGAUUUUUCUUCUUAUGGAGGACUACACUAUUAACCCCCAAUCAUGGCUCCAAAGAAGGAAAGUUCUUCUGCACUUAGCAUACUAAAGCAUACAUUUUAAGCAAAAAAUAAAUUCAAUUAUUUUAUGAUAAAAAGUAUUUAAACUAUACUGGGGCAUUUCUACUAUGCAGUUUAUUAUCAGGAAAAGCUAAAAACAAAUGCUUUAAAAAGCCCAAAUUUUCAGGCUGGGAACGCAUUAUUUCUUUUCCCAUUCAUUGUAAUGGGAAACAUCGAUUUGGUUUUCGGACAAAUCACUCCUCGAACUGUUUUCUGGAACGGAUUGUGGUCGAGAACCGAGGCAUCACUGUAUUGCGAAAUUAUUUGAAGAUUUGUUGCCAAAAUAUCACUUCACCAGUAAACUGAGAUGAGUGAGAUGAAAUCAAGCCGUCAUUUAAUUCUCUGUGUCAUCCUGCCAUUCAUUUUCUGACCCGCUUAUCCUCACAAGGGUCACGGGAGUGCCAGAUCCUAUCCCGGCUAUCUUCGGGCAGGAGGCGGGGUACACGCUGAACGUGGGGUCGGCCAAAUCGUACAGUUCUUUGUGGGAGAAGAGAGCCACACAGGCACGUGGAGGGAUUUGAACCCCGUUCCUCACAACUGCGAGGGAGACACUUUAACCAGUCGACCACAGUGCUGCCUCUAAAGUUUCACGUCAGGAAAAUUAAUUUGAGUAAUUGCACCUUUCAAAACGAUGGAAGCAGGCAGCUACUCGGGUCCUGCGGUGUUGGAUGUUAGAACUCGAGAAACCGAUACCGGGACAGGUUCUGAGUCUUGACUGUUAAUUUCCCAGAUGGAAUUCAGUUCUUGGAGCAACCCGGUAGCAAAGUUUAGUGGGUUUUUUUUUUUUUUUUUUUUUUUGUCCAAAUUGUGUCUUCGGUCCGAUCGAGUUGCUAAGAACAGACGAGUUUCAGAAACGGCAGGUAAAGAGUUUGAUGUGCAAGCGUUGUAGCGCUUCACGUGGCGGGGGGGGGGGACGCGUCCAGAUCCGAUUUUUUUUUUAUUUUAUUUUUUCCACGCGCUGGAACGGAUAAAGCCGGCGUCUUGUUCCCUCGCAGCUGCGUCGGGCGUCGCCGCUCGCCGCGCAGCUUUUGAAAAUUCAAAUGCGGCCCCGGAUAGAAGGAUUACUGUUGCGGGCUGCCGCCUCCCGUUCGGGGGGAAAAACAUUGCCGCCGUUUACGAGCGCCGAGCACGUCCGGGGGGGGGGACGCGCGUUAGCCUCGAUUAGCUUCGAUCAUCGUUACCGGAUCUUCAGCCUUUUAAAGUUUUAAACCUCUGCGCCGGCUAUCAACAUUUAGGAAAGUACACAAAUGUAGUAAAACCUCCAAGGGACGCCGGUGGAACCCAUUUGUUCGCUUCAACUGGACAAACGUGCAAAAUAAUUUAACUACACUCAUAAUGAUGCGAUCAAAUAAACGUGUAAUAUCAACGACAACCAUUAAAUGUACAUCAAACGUCGCAAAUCGACUCAAAAUUUUAGCUAGCUCGCUGUAUGAUCAUCGUGGGAAGGACAGAAUAGGGAGACGUGUGAAAGAUGGAAAAAUAAAUAUUUCUGAGAUUAUGACUUGAUCCCAACUUCACUAUCUGAAUCUGGUGGGGCACAUUCCCGCUUGCCCCGACACUGGGUUGAAUUUCGAUAAUUUUCUUUUAUUUCCAAAUACUGUACAGCACGCAUUUGCCUUCAAUGACACGCGCAUGUCUCGAUUUAUUAUUGUAGUCGUGAUUAAAUUGAAGAGUGCGACGGCGCAAAAUUUUAGCUCACUAGCUAGCUCACGCGUGCAUUGACGAUCCGAUUUUUACUAGUGAGCUCACACGUCGCUAGGCAGAAUUUACAAAUAGGCUCUGCUUGUUUACUAUUUUGUCUACGGCUUGAAGCAACGUGAGAAAAAAAAGACGCAUGCACAAAAGCAUAAAAAACGACUAUAAUUCUACACAUUUAUGCUCUCACUUGUUGCUAGCUAGAUUUUGUAAACCACCAUCCGCAAGAAAUGUCUCCCAUGCAUGAACGACUGUAUCAUCAGAAAUUUGGGGCAGAAGGUCUUGUUGCCCCACGAAGGAUGUAAAAAAAAAAAAAAAAAUAGAAAUAAAAAAUAAAAACUCAACAAACGACCUUUUUUUUUUUUUCCCUUAAAGCGCCACCUUCUGGAUGUGGUGGGGCAUUGCCUCACUUGCCCCUCCACAGAAUGCUUCUAUUCCAGUAUUCUGUACUUGAAUUACAUUUUUUUAAAAAAGUAAUUUACCAAAGAGAACAAACUCAAUCAUUGCGGGUUACGUGAGAAUCCCAGAAGGAAGCCGGAGCGCGUUCAAUGACGAUGAAUUAUUAAAAAUGUCUCCCCA